GAUCUGUGCAAGACUGAAGGGGAGGAGCCGGGAUACCUGAGCAAGACAGAAGGGGAGGAGCCGGGACACCUGUGCAAUACUGGAGGGGAGGAGCCAAUAUAUCUGUGCAAGACUGAAGGGGAGGAGCCGGUACACCUGUGCAAGACUGAAGGGGAGGAGCCGGUACACCUGUGCAAGACUGAAGGGGAGGAGCCGGUACACCUGGGCAAGACUGAAGGGGAGGAGCCGGUACACCUGUGCAAGACUGGAGGGGAGGAGCCAGUACACCUGUGCAAGACUGAAGGGGAGGAGCCAGUACACCUGUGCAAGACUGAA